AUUUUGACUGAGAUUGCGCACUUGGGUAUCUUCACUUCCGGGCGUCAAGACUGCACAGCUGCCGCCGAAUUUAAAGAGAUAAGGAAUAGUUAUUUAAAAUAACACCUCAUAGUGCUGUUGUUCAUAACCGUUUGUUUUAAGGCUGCAACAUCGUGUAGUUUUACAACUGUUAGUGGUUUUGUGUCAUAACGAGUUUUGCCUGCUCUUUUACUUGGUGGAGAUCUUUUUUUCUUUUGCUGGCUAGCGAGCUAGCUAGCCAUCCAGUGAGUAAAUGAUGGAAGCUAGCCUUAGCGUUAUGUUGCUAGCUAGCUAGCCACCCGACGAAGAACUGAUUUGUCGACUGCUUUAUAGAUAAAUAAAGCGUCAAAAGAGCCUGUAAAGCAAUCGAAUACUAUCUCAGUAGCAACCUACUGAACACAAUGGCUAAAAUUCAGGCACACAGCAACACGAAGCAAAUAAACCAAAUUCAAGACAAAGCAUAUGUUGUACAAAAGCAAGUACAACAACAGCACUUUCAAAAACUGAAGGUCGAAGAUGCCUUGUCGUAUCUUGAUCAAGUCAAAAUACGGUUCGGAAAUGACCCAGGAAUAUAUAACAAAUUCCUGGACAUCAUGAAAGAAUUCAAGUCUCAAAGCAUUGAUACUCCGGGAGUAAUAAACCGAGUGUCUCAGCUUUUCCAUGGACAUCCAGAUCUGGUGUUGGGAUUUAAUGCCUUCUUGCCCCCGGGCUAUCGAAUAGAGAUACCCAAGAAUGGCAUGGUGUUCCUGCAGUCCCCGUUUUCUGCACAAAGUUCUGCAGGUCAGAGUAAGGCUGUGACGGGCACGCCAGUGAUGGUGCGUUCCUCGUCGUCCGCGGCCGAAGGGGGUCCUGUGCCGAGCGAGUCCAUGGCGUCGCCCGAGAGCGUCUCCUCGUCCUCCGCCUUGGCGGGGGCAGAGUCCUCCUCCUCCAGACUGUCUCUGCCCCUCCCCAGCCGCGAGAGCCACGCCCAGCCCUCUGCAGGCUCCUCCCCUACCUCCGAGCCCAGCCCAGUGGAGUUUGACAGUGCCAUCAGCUACGUCAAUAAGAUCAAGAACCGCUUCCUGGACCAUCCCGAGACCUAUAGAUCCUUCCUGGAGAUACUGCAUACAUACCAGGUGUGCGUCAGUCAGAUUCACACUGUAAAGCCAGAGAUGAAAGAGCAGUUGGAAAUUAAAGAGAGCAGGGGUCGUGGAAGUGGAGUGAUGACCGAGGAUGAGGUCUUCUCCAAGGUGGCCAGCCUCUUCAAAGGACAGGAGGAUCUCCUGGCGGAGUUUGGACAGUUCUUGCCGGACGCCAAGAGAUCCCUGUUUACCAGCAGCUCCUUGACUGGCAAAGACCACCUUAAGAAAGCCGAGGAGGACGACCUGAGCAAACAGACCAAGAAGAGACCCAGACCCAUGCUGCUACCACACAUGACCCCCCUGCUAAAGAAAAAGAUGAAGUACUCCUGUGCAAAAGACCAGUCGUUUGCUUCGGUUGGAAAGCACGGGGUUCUGCGAGAGUUUUCGUUCUUCGAUAAGGUGCGGCGUCUCUUUAAGAGUCAAGAGGUGUAUGAGAACUUCCUGCGCUGUAUCGCGCUCUUCAACCAGGAGGUGGUCUCUGCCGCCGAGCUGCUGCAACUAGUAACUCCCUUCUUGGGGAAGUUCCCGGAGCUCUACACCCAGUUCAAGUCGUUUCUGGGGGAGAAGGAGCUGGCCCAUUCGGUGUCGGGGCUGGCCGACCGCUACAUGGAGGGCGGGGGCCGGGAGGUGGACUACGCCUCCUGCAAGCGGCUGGGAUCCAGCUACAGAGCCCUGCCCAAGACCUACCAGCAGCCCAAGUGCAGCGGACGCACCGCUAUCUGCAAAGAGGUCCUUAAUGACACGUGGGUGUCCUUCCCCUCCUGGUCGGAAGACUCCACCUUCGUCAGCUCCAAGAAGACCCCGUACGAGGAGCAGCUCCAUCGCUGUGAGGACGAGAGGUUUGAGCUGGACGUGGUUCUGGAGACCAACCUGGCCACCAUCCGUGUCCUGGAGAGCGUGCAGAAGAAGCUGUCACGCAUGUCGCCCGAGGACCAGGAGCGCUUCCGGUUGGACGACUGCCUGGGCGGCACCUCCGAGGUCAUCCAGCGCCGCGCCGUCUACCGUAUCUAUGGCGACAAGGCUCCAGAGAUCAUCGAGGGGCUGAAGAGGAGUCCGGCCACUGCUGUGCCUGUGGUGCUGAAGAGGCUGAAGGCGAAGGAGGAUGAGUGGCGUGAGGCGCAGCAGGGCUUCAAUAAGAUCUGGCGGGAGCAGUACGAGAAGGCCUACCUCAAAUCGCUCGACCACCAGGGGGUCAACUUCAAGCAGAACGACAUGAAGGCCCUGCGCUCCAAGAGCCUGCUGAACGAGAUCGAGAGCAUCUACGACGAGCGCCAGGAGCAGAGCACAGAGGAGGGUGGCGUGGGCCAGCAGAGGGACGGCAGCGGCGGAGGCGCGGUGCCCAGUGAGCCCCACAUGGUGUUCGGCUACGAGGACAAGCAGAUCCUGGAGGACGCGGCGUCCCUCAUCAUCUACCACGUGAAGCGCCAGCCCACCAUCCACAAGGACGACAAGGACCACAUCAAGCGCAUCAUGCAGCACUUCGUCCCCGACCUGUUCUUCGCCCGCCGCGGCGAGCUCAGCGAGACCGAGGACUGGACGGACGAGGAGAACGAGGCUGAGGACGGCGGGGACCGAGCCCCCGGCGCCAUGGCAACAGGAGGGGCCUCCAUGGGAGGCGGAGGCGGGUCUGACCACGGAGGGCCGGGGCCGCUGAGCGGCCAGCAGCAGCAGCAGCAGCAGCAGCAGCAGCAGCAGCAGCUGAACGGAGACUCGCGGAGACGCCGCUGCACCUCACCGCCGAGCUCCACCGGCACCGACACCCCCACCACCACGGCCGCGCCGCACACCCCGCCCGCCCCGCGCCAGGCUCCCGGCGAGGCCAGCGGCGCCGGCGGAGGCGGCGGCGAGAAGCUGGACCUGCGGGACCCGGAGGCGGAACACCAGAAGGAACUGGACGGCGUGUACAACCUGUUCUUCGUCAACAACAACUGGUACUUCUUCCUGCGGCUGCACCAGACGCUGUGCCAGCGCCUGCUGCGCGUGUACCGGCAGGCGGAGAGGCAGCUGCUGGAGCACCGCGCCGAGCAGAGCCACCAGAGGAUGCUCAUGGCCGAGGGAUGGAGGGACAAGCCCAGCGACCUCGCCAUGGAGCUGCGCCUCAAACAGCCCAGUGAGGUGGAGCUGGAGGAGUACUACCCGGCCUUCCUGGACAUGGUGCGCAGCCUCCUGGACGGCAACCUGGAGGCCACGCAGUACGAGGACACGCUGAGGGAGAUGUUCACCAUCCACGCCUACAUCGGCUUCACCGUCGACAAGCUCAUCCAGAACAUCGUCAGACAGCUCCAGCACCUGGUGAGCGACGAGGUGUGUCUGCAGGUGGCCGAGCUGUACCUGGCGGAGCGGAAGCGAGGUGCUGCCGGGGGCAACCUCUCCUCCCAGUGUGUGCGCGCCGCCUGGGAGACCAGCUACCAGUGGAAGGCCGAGAGGGUCAUGGCCGAAGAAAACUGCUUUAAGGUGAUGUUCCUCCAGAACAAGGGAGAGGUCACUCUGACCGUGGAGCUGCUGGACACCGAGGAGGCCCAGGCUGACGACCCUCUGGAUGUGCAGUGCCUGUCCAACUACAUGGAACAGCUGGUGGGCAGCGAGGCGUCCCUCUUCGGUCAGAGCGAGGGCUGCUACUUCAAGCCCGUCUUCCUGCCAAGGAACCUGCGCCACUUCCGCCACUGGCAGGUGCGGCAGGUGGAGGCCAUGCGCUUCCGGAGAGAGUGGCACCGGCAGCUGGGCGUGGAAAGUGCCGGAAGCCUGGACUGCCGCUUCAAGCUCAACACACACAAGAUGGUGUUCGUCAUGAACUCCGAGGACUACAUGUACCGGAGAGGAGCCCUGGUGAAGGCGAGGAAGUCUCAGCACAGGGUGGCGUGUGUGCAGCACGAGCGCUUCAAUCAGUGGCACCAGGGCUGGCUGAGUGAGAACGUGAGCGCGGCGGGGGAGCGGGCCGUCCACCACUGGCUCAUGGGAGAGGACGAGGAGGACAUGCUGCCCUGCAAGACCACCUGCGUCUCCACCCACCUCAAAGGCCUGCCCGUCAACAGAUACCAGGUUCUCUACAGCAGCAAGCCACCGGCCUCACCCUAAACCAAGCCUGUGUGUGUGUGUGUGUGUGUGUGUGUGUGAAUGAGUGUGAGAGAGAGAGAGAGAGGGAGAGAAAGGGGACUGGCUUCACCUGCAUCACAUCCCUACACCCCUGAUGAUGAUGAUGAUGAUGAUGAUGGUGGUGGUGGUUCUCUAAGGGACUGAUCCACAGCCUGAAGGCACACGGAUCAUUUAGAGGACACAUUGAGCUCCGGCGUGCCGUUGGACUGUGGAGCUGGUCAUGAUUCCUUGCGUCGGUGCCUCGCGCUGAAGACGGCGGUUGCACAGAGUAGAUGACAUGAAAGCUGAAUGAAGAUGAACAAAUGAAUGGGUAAAUGUUUGUUAGUUUGUUGGGAAAGUUGUGUGUAUUUUCUUUUCUUUUUUUUCUUUCUUUUAAGUCAGUCUUAAGUUUUUAGUUUUGUGAAGUGCGAGGGUCUUUGGUUUAUGUGUGUGUGUUUAUACUGAAGGACUGAGAGACAACAAUGAAAGUGGCCUCUUCUGUACAGCGCCAUCUAGUGGCUAACUGCAUAUGGAUACCUAGCGUGCAUAUUCUUUAUGCAGCUCCCUUUUUGCAUAUGCAUUGACUUGACUUAAUGAAUGACACAUAAAGAUGAAUUUGUUCCUGUUUUGUUCUCUGGCAACCAACUCUUAAUGUCUUUGUUUCACUCUUUUUAUUUUUUAUUUCUUUCUAAGCAUACUUUUUAAAUCAUCUGUGACUAAUCCUAUCAGUAGAUUGCCAGUGCCGUCUUGUGACAAGUCUCUACGGUCUACUCUUGUUUCUUUGUUUGUUUUCUUUCGGAAUCAUGCAUCAGAUGAAUUCUCCACAUCAUUGCUUUUACAUGUUAAAAUGGAAAGGCAGAAUAUCAGUGUUUAAAUACAAUGUAUAACAUUUAUUCUGUAUCAAUUAUCCUGAAAUAAACAACCUAGUUGUGAACUUCUCA